UGCAAACUGCCUCGAUUUAUAUAUGAAGCAAUCAUUCCUCAUCUUAGGAGCUGGAAACUCUGCUCGCGAAGUUCUGACUAUUGAAAAAUUUCCUAAUCGAAAUAUUUCAAUUCUACGUUCCACUUCGUUCCAAGCUCAAUUGAAAAUCUGAAGCUCCGCUACGAUUUUUGCUCUCGCAAUGGACAGGGGAAGCUCUAUAGGAAAUUUUCGACGCGGCUUUGUAAGUAAUCCAAUGGGCAUUACGCCCAGUCAUGCUACGGCACGGAGACUGGCGUAUGGAGAAGAAAUGUCACGCGCCGAGCCUACAACUUCACGGGUCAACAUGAAAUCGUUACAACGGAGUUUAAGAAACCAAUUCGAUCAGCUUUCAUCCUCAUUCUCCAAGUCCAAGCCUAGCGUGCCUUCCGAACGGAAACAAGCCGGUCAUGGUGAUUCGAAAAAAUUUGCUGAUUAUGCUCCGAACGAACCGCCUUUUAUACCAUCUCUGAUCCUCCACUGUAUCGAAGCGAUCAGAUCACGUGGUAUUCGGCGUAAAGGGUUGUACGCAAAAUUAAGAAACCCCGACGUAGUCAGUUUUCUGAUGAAGGAAUUUUCCAAGGGGAAAAUUCCGGACUUGAGUGAAGUUUCCAUUUCCACAAUUUGCUCAACGCUGCUACGUUUUAUGAGAUCGUUGUCAGAGCCACUCGUCACUUUCGAACUUCGGGACGAAUUUAUUCGUGCAGCUUUGAUAUCUAAAAAAGGAGGGGGGAACGGAGCUCUUCUUACAGUAAUUUCGAAACUUCCACGGGUGAAUCGCGACACUCUGGCUUAUCUCAUACUUCAUCUACAACAAGUAUCCAGGAGCCCGGAAUGCGCAAUGUCCGUAGACAAAUUGGCCAGAAUUUUCGGACCCACCCUGCUCGCUUACGGUGACAUCGAACUCACUGACGAGACGUUGGACAUUGAAACGGAAAAACAAUAUGAGGUUUUUCGGAGGUUGAUGAGCAUUUCUGCGCAUGAAUGGGCCAGGUUCAUUAAUUUCGAUGCUCUUGAGAACAGGUUGAUGAGGGAAACUAGAACGACCAUAUCCCCUGCUACAUCAACUUCGGACUUGGACGACGAUGAUAUGUUUUAAAAGAAACAUUUUCACUACGUAUUUUCGAUUUCGCCGGUAUUUGCUAAUGAAAAAAGGAUUGAAAAAAGUGUAUUUCUAAAAUCACAACUGUUUUAUAUUUUUCCGAGUUACAGUUUGAAUGUUUAAAUUCCAGACGUUAUUGUAUUUUCGUGUGUUCACCGGUUUCUUCCGUAUGUGUAAAAAAUUCUACUCUAAUUUAAUGAUCCGUCUUUAUCUUCGAUAAUAUCGAGUCUGAAGAUUCCAUGCAGGGCAAAUAUUUUCAAGCUAGAGAUUUGUCUUGUUUCCAUGACCUGAAAAAUCGAAAUAAAGGAUUCGACAGCAAA